AUGCUAUACCCUUACCUGCACAAUAUUUCCCUCCCCGACGGCGAUACAUCCAUGGCUACCGUCAUCAAAGCCCUCUACGAACCGAUAGUACACCCGGUUGACGCCGCGAACUUUACCGAUGACGAAGGGCAGAUAUACCGUCUACACGGUGAACCACGCUUCAAACAAAAGUUGGGGAAGAAGGUCUUGGUUUUGGACAUUGAUAGCCGGCCUUUGGAUAAGCCAGGUCAGCUCAUGGACGAUGAGCUCAUUUGGAAGGGUGGAGAAGGAAUUCGAGCCCUCUCCGCCGGCAUGCUGAGCCAUUACAUCUACGCCAUGAUCCACGGAUACGACUACAAAUUCAUUCGCGCACCCGAUUACGAGGAUCGUUGGGGCACCUGGGUCAAGGUGCCUGUGAUGAAGGAAGCCCUCAAGACUCACGACUACAUCCUCUUCAUGGACUCGGACGUCAUGCUCCAUUUUCCGCACCUUCCGCUCGAGUGGCUUCUCAACUACUGGAACAUGACCAAGGAGACCCUCAUCAUGAUGUCGCUGGACCCCGACGAGCCGCAGAACUACGAUUCCCGAGGAAACCGCUAUCUCAACACCGGCUUCGUCAUUGCGCAGCAGAGCCCGCGCACGCAAGAGAUGUUCAAAGUAUGGGCCGAAUGCCCUGACGAAGGACGCUAUCCGGGCUGCGCCAAGUGGAAGCUCGAGAUGUUCCACGAGCAGGCAGCCUUUGGCAACUACAUCCGCUACGACUUCGACCGCCCCCAAGAUAUCAAAGUGUUACCGUGCGUGGAAGCGAAUGGCGCCCCGGAAGCCGAGAACCGUGGCGGCUGCAAGGGCACGUUUGUGCGCCACUACUGGGUUAACAAGGGCCUCGUCCCGAAGGCGCUCAGCGAUCAGGUCAUGCAGUACUUCAUACCGCGACUGCACCAGCUUUAUCACAAGACCGCCCAAGACCACAUAGUCGAUGCUAAGGGCUUCCGACUGCAAGGUGCUGAGAUGAUUGAGCUCACGAACGAAGAAAAGCAAGUGCUGCAAGGCGAUAGCAAGAAUCAGAAAGAUGAAGGAUGGUAA